AUGGCAUUGCGACAUGCGGUGGGUAUGGGUUUGCACCGACACUACGUUGGACAAAGCCAUCAUAUAGAUCAGCGGAGGAGACGGAUCUUCUGGACGUUGUACAUGCUUGAUCGUUCUAUCGCACGCACACUCGGUCGUCCUGUCGGUAUCUCGGAUCGUGACAUCGAUGUCAAGCUUCCAGCAAACAUUGACAUCGAUAUAGAAGAUGAUGAAGAAAUAGGGGCUGCACUACGACGAGAUCCAGGAGCCACUCCAAUGUCUGCUGCGAUACACAUCCUUCGCCUGUCUCAAAUCGAAUCCAAGAUAUACUGCACCAUUUACCGGGUUGAUCAACCACCCGCUGAUCAGGCUGGUAGAAAGGUUCUCCAGUUGCGGCGCCUGCUCGACGAGUGGAAAGACGACAUCGCCGCGAUGGUUCCAAACACGAGCGAGGACGAAGACACACCAAACUACUACAUCAAACGAAGUUACCACAUCCUACAGUAUCACAGAGCCAUUCUGCUACUCUUGUUGCCUCAGCUACCGCAGCUAUCCCCUGCGAGUCAGGACUUUCAGCUUUGCAUGUCUUCGGCUGGAGCGGUUGGACAGCUUUAUAAGAAGCUACACGAUAGUCAGAGCCACCUAUCAUAUUCCCUGAUCGCGCUGCACGCCACCUUUGUUGCUGGCCUAACCCUCAUCUACUGCUUCCUCGCCGAUACCAGUGUCUACAACCUCAAGCUCAGUAGCGACAUUCGUGCUUGCAGCACGAUUCUCUAUGUCAUAUCCGAGAGAUGGUCAAGCGCAAGGGAGAUACGUGAUGCCUUCGAGCGCAUCAUCGCUAACACAAUCGAAAAGUCUGUUGUCGACUUACCACUGUCGCCCUUGCAUAACGACUCCAUGGGCCAGGCACACGGAACCGAAGCCCUCAACGCAUCGCUCCCAGAUGAUCAAGUAUCGGAUACAACCAAGGUUUUCUGGUCAGAACUAGCAACAAUCGGUCAUAGCCAGAAGGACAUGCACCAGCUGCCUGCAGACUCGCUAGACACAAGUAUGUCGAUCAGUCAAACCGAAAAUAUCUGGAACUCGUUGGAGCCUUGGUUUGGCGAAUAUGAGGAUCUUUGGUUAAGCAACUGCACGAACACGGACUUGGAUUUUUUCUGA